CGACAGACGAUGCUUUGAAUGGAAGUAGGUGCAGUUGUUGACGAUCUAGUUGAUAAUAUAUGCCUUGUCAGGGUGCUAAGACAUCGGAAUGGGUCAGACGUUAUCAGAGCCGGUAACAGCUAAGGAGUCAUCGAGUUGUGAAAACAGUUACGUUAAAGUCGGGUCAUCAUGCAUGCAGGGAUGGAGAAUAAAUAUGGAAGAUGCGCAUACUCACCUCUUAUCACUGACAGGUGAUAAAGAUGCUUGCUUCUUCGGGGUCUUUGAUGGUCAUGGAGGGUCCAAAGUUGCACAAUACGCUGGCUCGAAUUUACAUAAGAAGAUUGUGUCACAGCCGUCUUAUGCAUCAGGUAAUGUUGGGGAGGCCAUCAGGGAGGGCUUUUUGGCAAUGGAUGAAGAUAUGAUGAAAGAUGACACGAUGAAAGAUGAACUUGCAGGAACAACGGCUGUUGUAGCCAUUUUACGAAACAGUAAAAUAUACUGUGGUAAUGUUGGAGACUCUAGAGCUAUUGCGAGUGUAAAGGGACGGGUACAGGAACUGUCAUUUGACCAUAAGCCUAGUAAUGAACCAGAAACAAGGCGUAUCAUAGCGGCCGGCGGAUGGGUCGAGUUUAACCGGGUAAAUGGGAACCUUGCCUUGUCUCGUGCUCUUGGUGAUUUUGUCUUUAAGAAAAAUGACAAAAAGAAACCAGAGGAACAGAUCGUUACAGCAAACCCUGAUAUUGUUGAAAAACCAAUCACCCCUGACCACGAGUUCAUGAUCCUAGCCUGUGAUGGGAUCUGGGAUGUCCUCAGCAAUCAGGAAGUUGUUGACUUUGUGCGGGCAAGAAUAGCACAAAGGAUGGAACCUGAAUGUAUCUGUGAGGAGUUGAUGACUCGCUGCCUGGCUCCUGACUGUCAGAUGGGGGGCUUGGGCUGUGACAAUAUGACUGUAGUGCUGGUCUGUUUCCUGAACGGAAAGCCAUACGAGCAACUGGCCAGCCGCUGUGCCGAGCCCAGCCCAGCAGGACCAGGCUCACAUUAUACCAACACAGAGCACUUUGACUUGAAAUGAGGUUUAAAACAGUUUAGACUGGAUUGUGUUGGUUUCCAGAUGUAUUUCUGUUAUGUUUCAAUAAGGCCUGUGGACUGCAGUUGUUUUUCUGUUUCUGCCCAACCACACAGGUGAGGCUCCAACGACGAUCCCUAGAUGCUGGGGAAAUUAAGGUUCACAACAUGCCACAGUCUGGAGGCUGGAGACAAGGGCAGCUGCGAUGAAGUCUGGUAUUUUUAAGGCUCAGAACACAGACUUUUUACCAGGUUCUGCUAUACUGUUUCAUAGAAUUAUUGUAUGUCCAACAUUACAGCAAUACAGGCUCUUUAAUUAUUUUAAUAUAUUUUAAUCAACAAUGCUAAUGUAAAUUAUUACAUGUAGUAUUUGCAGAUACUGUCAUGCCCUCUGCAUUUCCAAAUAAUUUGUUUGGGUUAUUUUAGGAUUUCAUUUAUAUUGGAUGUUCAUUGUACAUGUAAUGUGAAUAUAGUUGUUCUGCUUGGAGAUUUCAAACUUGAUUUGUUUAUUAAUUUGUUCAUGUUACUCAUUUGCCUCUUUUUGUCUGUUUUGUGCAGUUUUUCUGCAACUCUUUGAACAAGAAGACACACACCGAAAUAUAAGACUUCAGUGUUAAUUUAUAUGGAACACAUCAUUGCUAGUGAUCUGUAGUGCUAAUUAUAUGGUUUUCUGUGCUAGUGUUCCCUUGUCUGUAUAGAUAAAGUUUUAGUUAUUGCUUUACCUGUUUGUUAUGAUGUAAUUUAUUUGUUUAUCUAGAUGUGUGGUGUUAAGAAGUGAUUCUGUUAUUAUUUCUGGCAAAAUGAGAGAAUAUAGCUUUCUUUACAUUCAUCAUUUCUGAAUGUAAAACGUGUACGAAGAAUUACAGUAUUACAGAUUCUGCAUUUUGUAAUUUCAGAGGUUGUCAUUGUUGUUUCAAGACAAAUUAAAUUUUAAGAAUCUACUUUGUUUUUCAUGACGGAAUUUGUGUGUGUGAAAAUGAAUAUAAGUCUUGUGUGUGAAAUAGUAUAUAUGUAUAAAAAUCAUCAUUAACCUCUGGGGAUGUGAAAUAAGAAUUUGUUUCUUUUAGAUAUAAAUUUAUUGAUGUGCCUAUUUCAAACCGAGAACAAAACACAAGGUUGUUGGGAGGUGAACAAGAUAGGGAUUUAUGGCAGCAUGCCAUUGUUACUUGGCUCCAGAGGACAGUUGUUCAGAAGUGUAAAUCAGAGAUUUUUGGCACAAAAUCCACAUUCAAUAAAUCGAAUCAAAUUUUUGGUAUUUACCAAGAAUAGCUGAGAAUUGCUACCUGUGCUACUUACAGUGUUAAAGCGAUUCUGUAGUUUGAAAAAGUUAUAAUGUGAAAUGCUUUAUAAAUUUUAUCAACCUUGUUACGGCUUUUGAAGAGGAACAGAUGCACAGAUGAGGCUGCUAUUUUGUCAAAAGUAAAUAUUUAAGGUAUUCUGAAAGUAACAGCAAAAAUUUGAUUGGAUUUGUGCAGAUCAGUUUUUUGUGCCAAAAUAUCUUGAUCAAGACCUUAGUUUGAAUAUCAGUCUCAUUUCAGUGAUACUCAUGACUCUGAAUACAUGGGCUUCAGGACCAGAAAUUGGCUAGCAUUCCCUAGAAGGGAUUAGUCAGAAGAUUUACCAAAAUCUGUUGCAAAAUUCAGAAGUGGCAUCACUUAAUUCAUGUUCAUCAAAUUGUUGUUGACCAUUAAUGUUUAUUUUUGAGUCUGUAGUUGAUAUGUAAUGUUGCAUUGUGAACGUCUACCAAUUCCAGUAGUCACUAGGUCUGAAAAUGUGGACUAGUGGAUUAGUCUGGUGAAAACCAGCUUACAUAAAGCUGUCCGUCUUUAUCAUCACCUAUGUAAACUCACAUGUUUUAGCUACAAAGUUAAUGACUGGAGGCCAGUUGCCAAGGUGUGUUGUUAGCGCAUAUGUGCAUUUCUGACAUGAAACCAAGUAGGUGAUAACAACUUUACAGAAGAAUACCAGUGUUUAUUGGGAGUCUUCCUGAACCCAUUUGGCAUUUAUGACAAUUCAACAGAGGUGUCUAAAUCUUUAUUUGCCAUAAAGAUUUUUCAAAUAUCUUAAUGUGACUUCUAUACGACCUUACAAGGUGUUCUCAGCGUGUUUGGAGUUGCUAAUCUCGCAACUAUCAGAUGAGUGGAAAAUAAAUAGACCCAUGUGGAUACAGUCUGUCACCCAUAGGACUUACAUUGUAGAGGAGGUUUGAGUGUCUCCCUGAUUUAACUUAAAAUGUGCAGAUUGUCACAUACCAAACAGCUUAAUACUUAGUAAGGAGAGGAGGGCUUCCACAAUUCAUUUACUUAGGCCAGAUAUUAGUUUUAUGUAUGGUGUGCUGAGUUCGUGGGAGGGGAGGAGAUAGUGUAUCAAGUGAUGAAAUCUUUGCAUGUGCAUAGGAGUACCUGGAAACUUUGUGCUAUUUAAAACACAAUAAAAAAUAAAUAAAAAGCAGAGCAGAUUUGAUAACUGAAUUGGCAAAGCAAACUUUGUUCAUCAUUUAUUUUCUUUUUUUACAGCCAUGUGUAUAUCAAAUUACUGCCACCCUGAAAUAUUUAUGCUCUUAUAUUCAGAAAGAAAUGUCUUCAGGUGCUUGUAUUUUACAGAUUUCUGAUUUGCAGCUGAACAUAAAAGGACAGCUGUGUAUAAUUAACUAAUACAUCCCCAAUAUUUUUUUUUAAUUUUUUUGACUAUUGACACAGUUUCCCCGAAGUGCCAACUGCAAGGGGAAUUAUGUGGCUUUUCAUGUCUUGACAGUAAUAUACCAAUACACGACGUGGCUAUUGUGUGCAGUGAUUUAGUGCAUAUUUGUAAACAGUAAGAAAAAAUUUAUCUUCACUAAAUUUGCAGGGUUUUCUUGAAGAUACUGUGCCUGAAUCCACCUACUUAAAAUGGCACAGUAGUACUAUGCAAGUUUCUUUGUUUUAUAUGCACCUUCAAUAUUUCAGGCACUUGUAUGAUAAGGAGCACAGAAAGGAAUACGAACAAGUGGGAUUGGGCUCUACCUUUGCUGUUAUAAAAUAACAGGGGAUAUGUGUAUGUUUGCUCAUUUUGUUUCAGUCUUUUAGGAGAUAUCCAUGUUUACUAAUAUAUUUAUGAUGAAGUGUAAAUAUGUACAGUAAUCAGAGUAAUAAGUACACAUUGUUGUAUUGUGCUGUGUACCUAUAGCUUGCCAAAAAGUAACAGGUUAAUUUCCAUUACAUGUAUAUGUAUAUUUGCAUAGAGUUGUAUAAUGGUCCAUAUAGUUACACAUGUUGCUAGCUCAUGGAAAAUAAUAUUUUUCCC